CUCUGGAUGUUUCUAGUUUCGUGUACUUAGAGAAUCAAGAAGCUCGAGAGAUUUCGUCUUUGCGCCUUUAAAUAGCUUCCUCGAUUCUCAGUGUUUUCUCAGAAAAGUUCAAAUUCAACAAAGUUUCUCAGCAACGAAAUCGAAUUAAAAACUCAGAAAAAUGUCGAUGAUUCCAAGCUUCUUCGGCAACAACAGGCGUAGCAGCAUCUUCGAUCCGUUCUCGAUGGAUGUCUGGGAUCCAUUCAAGGAGUUUCCGUCGAUGUCUUCCUCGCUUUCUCGAGAAAACGCUGCGAUCGUGAACACACGUGUGGACUGGAGGGAGACGCCGGAGGCGCACGUGUUCAAGGCGGACUUGCCUGGACUUAAGAAGGAGGAAGUGAAGGUGGAGAUCGAGGAAGACAGCGUUUUGAAGAUCAGUGGAGAGAGACACGUGGAGAAGGAGGAUAAGAACGACACGUGGCACCGUGUGGAGAGAUCGAGUGGGCAGUUUUCGAGGAGGUUUAGGCUGCCGGAGAAUGUGAAGAUGGAUCAGGUGAAAGCUGCGAUGGAGAAUGGAGUUUUGACUGUGACUGUGCCUAAAUCGGAGACGAAGAAAGCUGAUGUCAAAUCUAUUCAGAUCUCCGGUUAAGUUUCUUUCUCUUUUUUUAAGUAACAUCUAAUGUGUGUUUUGUGUUGUGUUCUGUUUCUGAUUUCACUGAGUGUCCUCUGUCUGAGAUUUGAAAGUGUUAUCAGUUAAUGGGUCGUUGAUGUAUCUUAAUAAAAGUAUGGAAUAAAUAAAUUGUUGUGAAGCUUCGCAAAAAUGUAAAA